CUCUGCAUGGUACCAAAACGAAAUUCCUUAUAAUACUACUGAUCAACAAUCUUUUCUUUGCAAUGGUAACGGAUGUUGUGGGUCUUCUUGCGAUGAACAUAUGAACAUUUUCUGUGCGCACCCAUACUCCCAACCCAAUUGACAUGCACCACACGUUAGUUUACUAUUAAUUUUAACCCACAGCAUAAUGGGCUGCCGGAGUUCAAAGAUUGCGCCCGCUCAACCAGGAAAUGCUGGAGGGCCAUCUGGGGCGUUGCCGCACACAAGAGCGGUCGAUGUGGCGGUCCCAAACAACAACGUUGAAACAGUUCAAUUAAGAGCUUCCGAUGCGGACGGUAACGGCGUCGCUGUUCCGGCGGUCACAAAUCGUCCCGACAUAGCGACUAGCGCGUCGCGGACCAGCCCAGCUACCGGCCCUGAACCAACAAGUGAGGCCGUAAACUUGGGCAAUCGCCGUGAAUUGAGGCAACCCGGCACUUUGGACAGUAGCCUCCACAGGCUACUCACAGAUGCUGCCGAGCAGCUCGAGGUACAUGCCGCAGCAGUGGAAGCCAACGAUGCAUUGCCGGGAUCAGUACCCGAAAGAAUAACCGAAGAUGAGGUGACACCGGAUGAUGAUCCCCAGCAAGCUUCCGCCGAGGAGCCCACUGCUGUUCCUGCAGCAUCAGUACAAGCCCGUGCGGAAUCGCCAAGUUCCACGUCCAGGACAAGAAGCGAGGGCGGCGGUGACUCAGCUUCUGAUAAUGAUGAGGACCCCGCCCCGGCGGCUGCGUCCGAGGAGCCCACUGCCCCUGCUGCAGCAGCAGAAAUGCAACCCCAUUCAUCUUUACCGUCUAUCACAAACAACCGGGCAUCAAAGGCGGCGUCUUCGUGCUCCUCUGAGAUACAGCCGGAGCCUUCCUCGGGCGAUGCGGAUACGCCCGAUGCAGCUGCGGAUACGCCCGAUGCAGCUGCAGAGACGCCCGAUGCAGCUGCAGAGACGCCCGAUGCAGCUGCAGAGACGCCUACAGCAGCAAGCACCAGCAGCAGCAGCAGCAGCCCGCCGGCUCCUCCACCACCUGCCGUACCCACGGACGAGCGCGAGCUGGUUCUCAUCGUGUGGGACUUGGAAAACGUUCGGCUGCCACAUUCGACAGCAGAGGGGCUCUCGCCGGGAGACGUCAUAGGGUAUAUCAAGAACCAUUACAUCAACCAGUUUGACCCACCCCGCUGUGAAUACCGGACUCUGGGAGCAAUUACCCCGGCAAGCUUACACCAAAUCGAGGCAAUCCACCCCGAUUUCGUGACAGAAGCCGUUUCCCAGAUGACGUUGAUCCUGGCGUCCAAGAGGGACAAGAAGUUGGAUGUGGACGUGAUGCUGAAGAAGGAGAUCAACCGCUUCGUGCGGGAUCAUGGGCACCAGGCUCGCGCCCACCCGUGGCGGCAUACUAUCGUGUUAAUCGCCGGAGACAAGGACUACCUAGAACCCCUGCAGGGCGCCCGAGAGGAGGGCUUCAAUGUGGAGUUGCUAGCGCGAGGUGACAGCUCGACCACGCAAGUGAUGCAAUCUCAGGGUACCUUCACCCCAUGGUUGGAGUUCCUUCGGUUCUACAGCGGUCAACAGAACAUCCAACUGCCCUACGAAGAUGAUCAACCUGCCUACCACGCGCGCAGAGGUGGCCGUGGUGGAGGCUACGGCGGAGGUGGCCGCGGUGGAGGCUACGGCAGAGGUGGCGGCGGGGGCAGCGGUAGGAGAGGAGGCAGGGGCUAUUAUAGGUAACUCCGUAUCAGUCUGCGCGGAGUUUAUACAUCACGGGUGAUCGGUGGCGGGGGCGGCUGCGGCAGUGGUGGCAGCAGCAGCAGCCGACGCCGCGGACUCAACAACGUUGCCUACUCAGAGACGAGGGUCGUAACAGGGGUCAGACCCGCACGCAAGUGCGAGCAAUCACGUUAUCAGGUAGCCAACUAACGGUGACAGCGGUACCGUAGUGGUGGCAUUGUUGCACGCAGCGGCAGCAAGUACCAGAUGGUUAGGCUUUAGUUGCAUUGCGGGCCUGCUGCUGCGAAGCAAUUUUUGACGGCGCCGACAAUGUACGCACGAACAAACCCGAUGAUUCCUCAUCAGUAUGAAUUCACCCGUUUCAGAUGUUAGCAGUUUUCCGGGCUUUAGGAUGGAGGACGGAUUGCUAGGAUGGAGGACGACCCAUGGGUCCUAUCUAAGACGAGUAUUUAUUGUAUGGAAUACCGCUGGUAGUCGAGGCGGUGCGCAACGCAGGAUUACGCAGGAUGCUUUCAGGGCCCAGCACUAGGAGCCGCUUGCAGGGCGGUGCGGCUAGCUCCUCCUAGGUGCAUGCAUGCAGCAUUGCUAGCAGGUACGAGUGCGCAGCGUCGAGGUGUGCCAUUAUGUCGACGAUCGUGUCAGUCGCGUGCGUGUAAAGUGUUAGGUAUGUGAGCAUGCACGGUGCAGUAUUUCUUGGGGUGCCCAUGAUGUCCUCAACUACUUGGGCGCUGCAAUGGAUGCUGGUUUCUGGCCCCUUCCACCGUUGGCUGGGGAAGUAAGUGAAUCACGUACGCUUCUCGGAUUGUAGCGUCGUUAGUAGGUACUCCAUACGUUUUGCACGUGGUCUAUUGCAGGAUAUUUCGGCCUUACUUGUUCUUCGUUGGUGUUGGCGUUGUGUACGCUGCUUACGGGGUUAGCCUGGUUCCUGCGGGUGCAUGGUGGGACGGUGUGUGCCGGCUACCGUAUUGCGUUAAACACGAACCGGACGAGUGUGUUGUUGUUCUUUUUGCACGCCAAGCUUUUCAUGUAGCUUUUCUUGUGGCGAUAUAGGAUUUGUUGACUUUGGCGCGGCAUCCAUUAGGGCAAAGAGUAGAGCUUAGGAAGAGGAUGAGGUUGAUUCUGAGCAGCAUCGUGCUCCCCAUCGCGUUUUCGUGGGCGUCAUCCUUUUCUCAUAUUAAUUCAGCAAAUUCAGCUUUAAGUGUAAUCGGGUAAGCCAUAGCUUGUUCCUGGUUAAACUAGCGAGAGAUG